AGAAGCGAACUUUUGCGAGUGAUGGAAGACACUGCCUCUUCAGACCGGUGCCCAAAUACAAUAAAUAAUGAGAAAAGUGCUAAACAACAAAUAGGCAAAUAAAAACAGGAAGCUACACUUUUUUGGCACUGCGUCGUCCAUUUUGUCUGUUGUGCGUGGUGUGCCAGUGUGUGCGUGUGUGUGCGUGCGAGUGACUGAGUCUGUUUCCGGUCCAGUCAAUCAACAGACUUGCUUGUAUUUUGCACUCGUAUUUUGGCCAAAAAGGACGCAGGACAAUAAUAGCCUUAAAUCUGUCGAAUCAAAGCGAAACGAAACGAAGCGAAAUAAAUAGGAAAGUAAAAACGCGCGCGCAACAGACGCCACGCCCCCCCGCCCCCAUCGACGUCAUCCUCCUGCUCACGAGCGGAAGCAAAACAAAAGGAAAACAGGACAGCAGGCGAAAAAGGAAGCGAAAGCAGAACAAAGGCAACGCAUAUGAGCUGAACGGCAGGAUAUAACCCCCAAAAAAAAACGACCAAUUUGCGCAACCAAAAGUCUUGAGUAUUCAACUGCUGCUGCAAACCAUAGGGAGGAGGAUCGGGAGCGAGCGUGCUGAGCGAGGGGAAAGGAAUGCAGCGGUGUCCCUACAUUCAUGAGAUGCGCGAAAGAUUACUGGACCAGCCGCGGGAGACACUUCAACUGGAGAACAUGGAGCGGGCCAAUUUGCUCGACAACCGCCAAUCGGCAUCCGAAUCCAACCAGCUGCAGGGCGAUGGCUAUCACACGAGUCCUGCCCACCAGCGUACUCCACUAGUGCCGCACGAUCUCGGCGAGGACUUCAAUUUGGAUUUCGACGACGACUUCCCGAUCGAUGCGCGCCGACCGAAAAAUGCCAAGCAUCCAGGGGAUUAUAGUGUCAAUGAACUGGACGCAAGGCACAUUGCCUUACAUUUCCGAUGGACAUCGCUGUUCAUCGUGACCAGUCUGGUGUACGCGAUCCUUCUGAUCGUCGUGUGCAUUGCAUACGUUAUCAGCGAUGUAACCACCCACCGACUGCCGGUUUUGUACUACGAGACAUUCUUCACAUAUCUAUACGGCGUCAGCAUACUCUUCCUUCUCUACGUCUUCUGUUUCCUGCUGCAGGAGAGCUCUUGCUGCAAUGGCGGCAAUGGUGGCAGCAAACCGAAACCCCAGCCCAAGGAGAAGAAGUCGAAGAAAGCCAAAAAUGCCGAUCCGGCCGAUUCGAAGGAUGCGAAGGGCUCUAAGGACUCUGGCAAGGCAGCCAAGGGCGCCGCAUAUCAGCACACACUGGCCAAGUUUCUGGAAGCACCCGUGGACGCCGAGGUGGCCGUCACUCCAAAGAAUGUGCGCAAGCGCAAGACAACCCAUAGUGAUCUGACGCACGGCAGCUUUUUCCUGCGAGUGGGAGCCAUUGCUUUCGGUUUGGGCGCCAUGAUCUAUAUUGGCCUGGAGUUUGGAUCGUUCUUUGAGAUACCCUUCGAUUCGCCGUGUCAUCACAUCCUGAUCGGCGUAAAUCCGCUGCUCCAGAUGAUCUUCACCUUCAUGCAGAUGUACUUUAUAUUCAUGAAUGCCCGGCUGAACAUCCAUCGCUUCAAGGUGAUCGCUCGCUUUGGCCUGAUGCAUGUGGUGGCCACCAACAUUUGCGUAUGGAUUCGCACCCUGGUUAAGGAAUCGCUGCUGGAGAUCACGAUCUAUCAUCAGAAGAACGAGCCAGAGGCCGGCGCCUCGUCCAUAGCCCACUCGAUUCGUCAGCACGCCCUGCGGCAUGCGGGCACCGUGCUGCGCACCCAUGCGGGACCCAACAGCGAAUUCGAGGUGCUCGACGGCGAGGACAUUCUGCCCAAGGAUGUGUACAAGAGCGACAAUGUGCUAUCCAAGCUGGUGCGCAAUACCGUCGAUGGUAUUUCAAAGAGCCUGGGCAUGGGCGGUGACCAGGCGCUAGACAGCAGCACCACCAGCAGCAGCACCACAACGACCACGCGAGCUCCGUUCACCACACCGAACUACCAAUGGCACAGCACUACUAUGGCCCGCAAGCUGAAGAAGUUUAUCACCAGCGCCACCACCGCGGCCACAACGGCGGCGGGCAGCAGCAGCACCGCCAGCAGUACCACCACCAUUUCACCGACCAUCAGUAGCACCACCAUUCCGUCGACCACCAUCAGUAGCACCACCAUCUCAUCGAGCACCACUUUCAGUCCAUUUAGCCCCUCCACCACCACCACCACCACCACCACCGCUGCCGCCCUGAAUCUCGAGACCAGCGGCAGUGAAUCGCCCUUCGGCGGCCUGCAGCGCAUCCUCUCUAGCGCUGCGCCGCCGAGCCUGGCGCCAGUCGAUGGGUUCGGUUCCGCUUCCGCUGCCACGCCCACAUCCGGUUCCGGCGCCGGCUCAUUUGUAGACUCCUUCCUGGCCAGCACACUAAGCCCGGCCAGCAGCACCGAGGGCUCGGCCAGCAUUAUGAACAACCUUUUCGGCCAGGGACCCAUGGAGAAUAGCUUCCAGACAUACACCGAUCUGGGCCACGAGGAGGCCACCGGUCUGGUGAGCUUCGAGAAUCUAGAGAGUCUGGACAACAUAUACCCGGCGGCGCUGUCCUCCAAUAUCGGCACACUCAACUCCACCGCCUGCGGACGCAUCGACAUAAUGGGCACCAUUGUCUACGAUUCGGCGCCCUACCUCUAUCCGUUCAUCAUCGAGUAUUCGCUGAUCGGGGCGGUGGUGUUGUAUGUCAUGUGGAAGCACAUCGGCCGCUAUCCGGGCCGGAUGAACGACGAGGAUUUGGAGCAUCGGCUGGAGGUGAUGUUAUCGCGGCGGGCGGUUGCCAUGGCGCAGCAGGCGCGAUCCGGACGCGUCGACUGCGUCGGCUCGUCGAAGGGCCUGUUCUUCGGGCUCCUGCUGCUGGUCGGGGCCCUCAUCUGCCUGAUACUCUUCUUCGUCUUGGUGCGCCAUCAGCAGUUCUCGCUGUUGGCCAUUUACCUCGCCGACGCCAGCCACUGCAUCCUGAUGGCGUUCGCCAUUCUGGCCAUUAUUGUGGGAUUCAUCAGGGUCAAAAACCUGAAGUUCCGCUGCGAGGAGCAGUCCAAUCUGAACGACAUCUUGCUGCGCAUCUCGGCCUUCGGCCUGUUCACCUACUCCGUGUUCAGCAUUAUCGCCGGUAGCCUGAAGGUCCUGGAGAGCGAGCCCAGCCUGCUGGUCACGACCACCGGUGGUGUGGCCGUCUUCCAGGUGAUCCUGCAGCUGCUGUUCAUCGCGGACGUGUCCCGCCGUCGCGUCCACCUGCCGGAGCACGACCGGAGCAAGCCGGGCCGCCAGAUCGUCACGUUCCUUCUCAUCUGCAACGUGGCCAUGUUCGCCAUCUACACAUUCGAAGCUCAAAAAGUAUUCGCCAAUCCUGUAAGUAGAUAUGUUCAGCUGGAGUUCUACGGCUUCGUGCCCUGGUCGAUCAUCCAGCGCAUCACACUGCCGCUGUGCAUCUUCCAUCGAUUCCACAGCGCCGUGACACUCGCCGAGAUCUGGAAGACCACCUACAAGGCACGUCUGGAGUAAGGCGAUGCCUGGAUCCCGAUGUCUAUAUAGGCCGAUGAUGGGUGGGAGUUAUGAAAAUGCACCAAAACCAAAAUGUAGCGAGCCGAGAACGCGAACGGAAAUCAAGUGAAGAGUUAGGUUCUAAUUACGUACUAAACAUAUAUGCAUACUACAUAUAAUAUAUACAUUAGUGCAGAUAUGUACGAGAGCAUAUUAUGACGUUUUUUUUUUUGUUUGAGGAAACCAAAGCGAAACGAAAUGAGUAACGAAACGAACGAAACAAUCGGACCAAUCUGCGCGAUUAACAAUUAACGAUUGCCAACCGAUAACGAUUGCAGGUCGCUUGUUCAUUUCCCCCCACCACAAAAACACUUUCCUUUUUUACUUUGUUAACUCGUGGAGAACUUAAGAACCUUAAGAUCUAAGUCAUAGCGUUUACAGUUUAACGAAAAACUUAGAACCAAGAACCACGGCACAUGUUUUUAAUCUGAUUUACGUAUUUAAUUUAGUUUUAGUUUAGUUUCGCCUCUAACACGCUGCAAUAUCUUGUUACUAAAUCGAAACUACAAGUUAAUAUUAAUUUCAUAAUUGUUUAACCAUUAUCCGCUUCGGCAACCGAAACCAAAACGAAAUCGAUUAAAAAAAUUCACAUUACAAAUAAGAUGGAAAAUAUUCUGAAAACACAAAACAAAUGGUUGUUUACUUUUCGCGUGUUUUUCGCGACUGCGAAUGAGGGGAAAUCCCCGUGACUAUACACUGAAACACAAAACAGGGACACACAAUGAUGCAAUGCCAUGAAGAACGCGGCCACAGGAAACGGAAAUGAAACGAAACGGUAACACAGCCCGGAAACGGAAACGAAAUUCGAUCUGAUCUGACUUUUCCACCAAUCGAGAACAACAACAACAAGAACAACAGUAACAGCCGAACAACAACAAACUGUGAUGAAUUCAUAUGAUUUACUGGUAUAAUUUGCAAUUCGAUUACAUUUCUGUUCCCGACUUGAUUUAAGCCUUUAAGCCCUUUCGUUUUUUUAUUCUCAGCCACAAGUCACUAACUGAGUCGACAAAACUUUUGUAAGAAUUUAGAAACAAUGGCGCUAAGACAACUUCAUGGCCAAUUGUAAAAACAAAUUGCCCGAAACACCAUUACUAAAAACAAAAUAAUACAAAAAAAAAAACCCAAAGAAAACAAAGAAAAUUGUGGCAUUUAAUGGCCAGAAAUACAAAAAACCACAAAAUAAAAAAAAAAAACAUUUUUAAUAUACAUUAUAUAAAAGUUUAUAAAUGUCCAUUUUUUGAUUAUUAGUAGUGAUGUUAAAAGAAAAAACAUAAUUAACGGUAAAAAUAAUAAUAUGUAUGUAUGUUAUAGCAGAGAAUCGGAUAAACCAAACCAAACACAAAUUCUUAAGCAACACUCGAAUGAAAAAAUGAGAAAUUGCGAAGCAAACGAAUAACUUUCCAAGUGAAAUCCCCGCAUUUAUGAAUGAAAAUGAAUUUUUAGCUAAAGCGAUAUGGAAAACAAAAUGGGAGUCAUUCUGCCGAUGAUGAUGACAGGUAAAACGGAUAGGUACGGAGAAACCAUUGACAAGCAUCAAAUUGUUUACAAUUUACAAUGUUAAAAGAAACGAACAUUUUGAAAGAUAUAUAUGCCACGUAUAUCUAUAAAUAUAUGUAUACUAACCCACCAAAUUCAAAGUAUUUCAACGUUUUAUACAAGGAGACGAUGCGCAAGACAAGAGAUCGGGACAGCUAACCCCCUGUCCUGACCCCUGACCACUGACCCCUUUGAAAUCCAAAUACCCAGAGAAUCCCUCCAUCUCUCUCUCUCUCUAUGAAACCAUUCUACACCCAUUCACACUCAUCCACAUUCCCAUUCCCAUACCCAUAUCAAUUCCCAUUCGAAAUACAGCUGCAACUCGAGUCAGAAGGCAUCAGUUUGCUAAAAGACCAAAGAAGAUAAACGAAACGAUUAAUUGAGAAUCCGAUUAUAAUCUGUAAUCAUAAUCCAGUCUGCAAGUCUAUAUAAUGCAUGUUAACUGUAGGCGCGGGGAGUUCAACAAGAAUACGUAUUCAAUACUCGUAAUCCAAUCAAAUGUAAUGUGGUAGCAAGCUAGGUAAACCAAGCCAAAAAAUCGAACAAACCAUAAGUAGUUCAGCACACGCUCAGUCACCCAAGCGGAUCUGGAUCUGGAUCUGGAUCUGAAUCUGAAUCUCUGAUCUGAAUCGUAGGAUCCGUAUCGGGGGAAUCAUAUAUCCAAAGUUUGCGAAUCAAAUUCAGUUUGAAACUUGUACUUGCGUAGGCUCUUAGAAAUUGUACUUGAAUGCAUACGCUACAUAAAUCACAGACAUAUAUAUUUAACUAUGCGUAUAUAUAUAAAUAUUUAUUUAUUUAUAUAUAUAUAUAUAUACAUAUAAUGCAAAUAAAUUCAAUUGUUUUUUCCUUAACAUUUAGUUAAACGUAAGAUCAAAUCAUAUUUUAUGCCGUACAACCGAACAGAAAAGUGAGCAGAAAGAAAUAUUUAUUAAAUGUUUCAACUAAGUUGUAUAAUUAUAAGUGAGAGUUUACAUAAUGGAAUUAUGUAUCUGUAUCUAAGCAAGAACAAAAAACACUGACAACAUUUCGGGCGAGCGCGUCGAUGAAAAACGAGUUGGGAAUUCGAGUAACGUUAAAAUAUUCAGACAGAAACUUAACGCACAAGAACAAACAAGAUCAACACCAAAGCAGCAGCUAAAUCCCAUGAAAUAUACAAAACUUAAAGAACCGAAACAAAAAACAUGAACAACUUAUAUACUCGUAAGUAUAUAGACAAUUUCAAUAACUGAUAAAUAAAUAUAUAUAUAUAAAUAUAUAUAUAUAUAUACAAAGUGAAAAGCAAAGGCAAAAAGCAAAAUUUACAUGCAUUUCAAAUACAUUUCCCAUAACCGCAUCAACUAAACCAGAAAUCAAGUAAAGUAACAAUUACAAACGAAUUAAAGUGGAUAAAACGAUUUCGCGAUUCGACGAAUGCGAAUGAAUAUUAUAAAUUAUAAAUUACAAAUUAUGAAUGUGCGAACGCAAAUGCUCAGCAACAAGAAACAAGAACAACAAAUUCAAACAAAAAAUUGUAAGCCAUUUUUUAAUCAUUGUCGCAUUUAAGAAACGAUAACAAAAAAAAAAAAAAACGAAUACAAAAUUCAAGCGCGAUUCAUUUUGUUCAACAACACUCAACAAAAAAUACUCAUGCCAC